GAAGAGUUUUUAAGGCAGCAGCGUGCGUCGCCUCGUCACGCUCUCGCAUCAAGCAUCACGACUUCCCCAUCUAAAAAUGCGCAAGCCAAUCAUCCUCAAGAACGCCCCGUCCGAUUCGGUCCUCGAUCGCCGCACCACUCCUACCGCCGAGCAAUUCAAAACCGGGUCUUCCAGUCCCUGUCACCAGUCACCAACCAAUCCAUCAUCAGAUUCCUCACCCCUGAGCGAGCCUCCGCUCGACGCGAGACCCUAAUCGUCCAGCCCCGGAUACGUGCGCGUCGAGCGGCGUGAAAUCGAUGCAAAGGUUGGAUUUUUCCCGGUCGGAACGUCGGAAUUGCCGAGGAUUCAGUUCCAAAAAAGUUGGCGUCUUGAACAGUGCAGCUGUUUCAGGAAGGAAGAGAGAAAGAGGGAGAUCGCCGGUUCACCUGGAUCGAGCCCGACCGCCGGUCAGGGCCGCGAAUCGGCCGCGGAUCCGGGUAACCGGGAGUCCCGGUUCCGCCCCCGCUUAAAAAAGCCGGCCCAAUCUCCGCACUUGACCGGGUCAACGGGCGAGACGGGGGCUAAAAAUGGAGGGGCGGUAAAGAUAACCGGCUGACAGCUGCCCUAACCGGUCCGUCAGGUCACUCGCCCGCGGUUUUAUAUAUUCCCGAUCGACCGCGAUUAACUCGGUUUCGCCUCUCGCCCGCUCGCUCGCUUCCAUCCUCCUCCGUCUCUCUCCACCGCCCGCCGGCGCCGGAGGGCCCGCCGACGAAGAGGCUUUUGGCAUUGCGCAUGACCGGCUGCGGAGUCGGAAAUAUGGUUUUCGCGAGCGUUUGAAUAGCCCGAGAUGGCUUCCGGUUUGGACCCCGUGCCGCUUGCGCUGACGCGGCAAAAGACCGACCCGGCAUGGAAGCAUUGCCAAAUGUACAAGAGCGGGGAUAAGGUCCAGCUCAAGUGCUUGUAUUGCAGCAAACUGUUUAAGGGUGGUGGGAUUCAUAGGAUCAAGGAACAUCUUGCGGGUCACAAGGGUAACGCGUCCACUUGCCUGCGAACCCCGCCGGAUGUCCGGCAACAGAUGCAGCAGAGCUUGGAUGGGGUCGUCGCGAAGAGGCGGAGGAAGCAGAAGAUUGACGAGGUCAUUUCGACUAUUAAUCCGCAAACUUCUAAUGAGGAGAUUGACGCGUUUGCCAUUCAAAGUGAUGCCAAUGGUAAGGCAUUGAGUCCCACUCCAGCUGCUGAACUUGACUUUGUCGAGUCUCACAAUGAAAGUGCCGACCUGAAUUUGACAUCGUAUAUUAACCAAGAAGGUGGUGUUAGCAAGAGUGGCGUGAGGAGAAAGAGAGCCAAAGGAAAGAGUAUUCCUGCAACUCACGAAGGCGUGAAUCUCAGUGCCAUGGUGUUGAGCACAAAAAGGGUAAAUAGUCAAAUUCAUGCAGCAAUAGGCCGAUUCUUGUACGAUAUUGGGGCAUCUUCAGAUGCAGUAAACUCGGUUUACUUCCAACCAAUGUUUGAUGCAAUUGCUUCUGGUGGACCAGAUGUACUCCCACCCACAUAUAAUGACCUUAGAGGCCCUGUUCUGAAAAGUGUACUUGACGAGGUCAAGAAUGAUACUGCUAAGCACACUGCAGCUUGGGGCAAAACAGGCUGCUCAUUGAUGGUUGAGCAAUCGAACACGGAGAUGGGCAGAACAUUUCUGAAAUUUUUUGUCUAUGCACCAGAAGGAACAGUGUUCCUAAAAUCUGUUGAUGCAACUGAUUUCGUGCAUUCGUCAGAUAUUUUGGUUGAAGUGCUCAAGCAGGUAGUAGAAGAAGUGGGUGUAAAAAAUGUAUUGCAAGUGAUUACAAAGGGUGAAGAACAAUACGUGGUUGCUGGGAAAAAAUUGAUGGAUAUCUUCCCUACUCUCUAUUGGAGUCCUUGUGCAGCUGAGUGCAUUGAUUGGAUACUCAAAGAUUUUGAGAACCUUGAAUGGAUCAGUGGAGUUAUCGAACAAGCUCGUUCUAUCACAAGGUUCAUAUAUAACCAUGCUGUUGUUCUGAAUCUUUUGAGAAGGUAUACUUUUGGUUAUGAUAUAAUAGAAAUUGCGGGAAGUCGUUCUGCUACUAAUUUUGCAACAUUGAAAAGGAUGGUUGAUCUUAAAUCCAAUUUGCUGGCCAUGGUCACUUCACAGGAAUGGGUUGAUUGCCCGUAUGCAAAGAAACAGGAGGGUCUAGAACUGUUAGAUUAUGCAAAUAACGAAUCAUUCUGGUCCUCUUGCAUUCUCAUCACUCGUUUAACGAGUUCACUUAUGCGGCUUUUUAAAAUUGUUAGCAGUGGGAAGAGGCCUGCAAUGGGAUAUGUUUAUGCAGGAAUGUAUAAGGCAAAAGAAGCCAUUAAGAAGGAACUCCUGAAAAGGGAAGAUUAUGUGGCAUACUGGGACAUAAUAGAUCACCGGUGGGAGCGCCACUGGAGUCUUCCACUUCAUGCAGCGGGAUUCUACCUAAACCCUAAAUUUUUCUAUAGCAUUGAGGGAGAUAUACCCAGUGAGAUCAUUUCAGGGAUGUUUGACUGCAUAGAGAGAUUGGUCACUGAUACAAAAGUUCAAGAUAAAAUUAUCAAAGAGAUAAAUUCGUACAAAAGUGCUGCUGGAGAUUUGGGGAGGAAGGUGGCAAUUAGAGCUAGAGAAAGUAUACUUCCUGCUGAAUGGUGGUUGACAUAUGGAGGGGGUUGCCCAAAUUUGAUGCGAUUAGCAAUCCGAAUUCUAAGUCAGACUUGCCGUGCAAUUGGAAGUCAACGGAACCUUUUCUCUCUUGACCAAAUCCAUGAAUCGAGGAAUUGCUUAGAGCAUCAACGGCUCAGUGACCUGCUCUAUGUCCACUACAACUUGCAGCUGAGAAAAGCCGGCAAUGUGGGAGGAGGUCUCAGGGACCCCAUUUUUUUUGAAAGCCAAAAUCUUGUAGAGGACUGGAUUGUGGGUAAAGAUUCAAGCUUGGAGGAAUAUUCGAGUUCUGAUUGGAUGGCGCUUGAUCCUCCUUCAGCAAGCUCACUGCUUUUAGGAGCUGCAACUGGUGAGACUGAAGACUUGGAUACAGGUUUCAACGAUUAUGAAAUCUUGAAUAGAUUGAAGGAUGGAGAAGAUGACAAUGCUGAGGACAAUGCUGCAAAUUAGUGGGAGCAGUGUACCAAGGUCUAAGUUGUUACCGCCUGUAUAUGUACUGAUGCUAGAUUCUAGCUUUUUAGUGAAGUAGCGAGCUGUACAUUACAUUUUUAUUGAUAGCCGGGAAAGAUUAAGAUAUAUCGGAUGAAUAUGAGCGAAGAUAACUCGGAUUAGCAUAUCAGAUUUAUUAGUCGGAAUUGUAAUGCAGAGUUGAGAUUUCCUCAAGCUCAUUGUUCAUAAGUGCAGCUUCAUUAGUCUUCCUUUUCAUCAAGAUGAAAACCUUUAAGAAGGUCUUAUUGCAA